AGUUAGAUACUAAUGAUAAUAAAAAGCCUUAUCAUUUUGGAACACUUGUAACUAUAGUAAUCUUGUCACCUUUUAAUACUAUUGACAAUAACAGAUGCAAUUUAAUGUUAUCUAGCUAAUUAUAUUUUCAACUGCACCGAUCAUCGCGCAAUAAAACUUACGCGGUCGUUAAAGUCGGCAAUUAUUUUGAUUGUCGUAGUACUUGUAUGCUCUAUGCCACUUUACUUAAAACAUCCUGUAUGCGCUACAACGGAAAUCAUAUUUCGUUUGAUAAUCGCCUCUUUUAUUAAUCUCAUCUCGUUUGUCAUACUUGGUGUUCGUAUUAAAACAUUUCGUGUAAAUCAAUGAGAACGAUACAUUUUCUAAUUAAGAAACUAUUUGUACAAUCCGUGGAAAAAUUUUUAACCUACGUCUCGAUCAAGACGAAUAUAUUAUAAUACGAACAUCUAUAGAGAUAUUUCUCCGUAUAAAGACUGAUUACUUGUGAUACAGUACAAACCUGUUUAUCCCUCCAUGAUAAAUGUAAAAAUUAUCUAUAUGCAAUCUGAUACAAGGUCUCCCUUGUAUAACUUUAUAAACCUAUAAAAUUUUGUGUGACAUUUAAAAAACAGCAUCAUAUAAGAACGGGUGUAUGACGUAUAAUGAUGUAUCAUCAUCUUAAAUAAUUUGAUAUAGGAUAACCGUAGCAUUAUCGCAUUAACAAAAGACUGUAUAUCUUAUCGUAUAAAUAAUUAAUAAUAUCAUACGAUAACGUAAAUUUUAUGAUUGAUCAUUGAAAUAAUUGUCAAAAAAUGAUAAUAGAACAUUGCACAGUUGUCUUAUACAGUCAACGUUGGAGAAGGACCGCGUUGAAAAAAAAUAAUGUUGAGUCGAUAUUUCACAAGGAUACAUUGUAGAGAGUUUUGAAAAAAAAUAGAAUCACGUUCAACCUUGGCGCCUUUUGUCGUUUCUUGAUUACUCGGCCGUGCGCCACUAUCGCGCGGGAAUGUUUUACAACGAACGUGAACGUAAAUGAAAUAGUAUGAUGUACGAUUUGAAGAGCAUUACUUAUCGCAAGCUAAUAGCCCAUAAACGGAGUUACGUGGACCUCCAAAAAAACUAUUGUACUAUCCGGUGUGCUGGCUGUCGUACUCGUAGCCGUGGUUUUGACAGUUGUCCUAGUUUUCACUGGACAAAGAGAUUUUACAAAUGCAGAAUCAACAGGCUCAGCGACAAUUGUCAGUGAUUCCUUGUUAGGGAAGUACAGCAAGGCUGCUGUCUCAACGAAUGGCCAAGAAUGUGCACAGAUCGGCGUUGAUAUGUUAGCUAAAAAUGGCUCAGCUGUGGAUGCUGCAAUCGCAGCUUUAAUUUGCGAAGGAAUUGCUUCUCUCCAUAGUACGGGUCUUGGAGGUGGAUUCUUCAUGACUAUUUGGGAUGCUGAGACUGAGGCUGCUUAUUCUCUCGACGCUAGAGAAACGGCGCCGGGAAAUGCUACGGAGAAUAUGUAUUUAGAAAACACUACAUUGUCUCAAUAUGGUGGUCUGGCUGUUGCCGUGCCAGGCGAAUUAUUGGGGUACUGGGAAGCACAUCAAAGAUUCGGCAAACUGACGUGGUCCGAGUUAUUUGAACCCAAUAUAGAACUAUGUUAUAUUGGUUCUUACGUAACGAAUUACUUGGCUAGUUAUUUAUUAAACAAGAAGGAAAAUAUAAAGGCUGAACCAACUCUCGCAGAAAUUCUUAUAAAUCCUGAAACCAAUUCUAGUUGGCAGGUAGGCGAUAGAAUAAAGAGACCAAAAUUGGCGAAAACGCUACGACUAAUCGCUGAGCAAGGUCCUGGCAUUUUUUAUAAUGGAACAAUGGGUGAUGAUUUGGUUGCUGAAAUUCAGGCAUUCGGUGGAAUCAUUACCAAGGAGGAUCUACAGAAUUACACGGUCAAAUGGAAAACUCCAGUAGAGGCAACUAUUGGAAACUUAACUAUGUAUACAGCACCACCACCUGGUUCUGGAGUUGUCCUCACGUUCAUGAUGAAUGUUCUUCAAGCGCUCAUUCCUACAAAUGACGAAAACGUCAUGUGGCAAAGAAUCAUUGAAACAUUCAAAUGGGCUUACGCGAGACGAACCGAACUUGGGGAUCCUGACUACGUUAAUAUCAACAGUGUAGUGGGGAACCUUACGUCCACUGCUUAUGCGGAAGAGGUGAGGGGUUCGAUUCGCGAUGAUUGGACAAGUUCGGAUCCAACUUAUUACGGUGCAGUAACUGAUCAGAUAGAAGAUUCUGGAACUGCUCAUAUAUCAGUCUUGGCCCCUGAUGGUUCCGCUGUGUCUGUCACUGCUACGAUCAAUCUAGUAUUUGGUGCUAUGAUACGAUCCAACUCAACUGGUAUAAUAUUUAAUGACGAGAUGGAUGACUUUAGUGUACCGAACACCACUAAUGCCUUUGGUUUACCAUCGUCACCUGUUAAUUACAUAGCUCCUGGAAAGAGACCUUUGAGUUCAAUGAGCCCGACUAUAGUGUUGGACGAGAAUAAAAAAGCGAAAUUGAUCAUCGGCGCUGCCGGCGGUUCUAAAAUUACAACUGCAAUUGCGACGGCGAUGAUUUUUAAUUUAUGGUUGGGUUACGAUGUUAAGGAGUCCAUCGAUGCUCGCAGAAUUCAUCAUCAGUUGUUCCCAAUGAAUAUACAAAAUGAAAAUGAAUUUUCUCGAAGUAUUCUUGAAGCUCUUCACGAAAUUGGCCAUGAUAUCAAAAAAUAUAGUGGAAUCGGAAGUGCGAUAACUGGAGUAGCUGUAAAGGAUGGAAUUGUAACAGCGAAUUCAGAUUUUCGUCGUGAAGGAAGAACAGCUGGUUUUUGAUAACACGUUUCACGUAAUAGCAUAAUCAAUUAGCAAUAAUUUUGAAGCCGCUGCCAUGAACGGAUUUUGCUCUAAUAUAAAGAUGUAAAUAUAUGACCUUGUAUAUAUUACUUGUUUUGCAUGAUGUGAAAUGCAGUAUCUUUUGUAUAUAUAUAAGUAUUAUCAACAUUUUUAUUAAUAAUCUUGAUCAUGCUACAAAAUGUAGAAAGGAACAGAAAAACAA